GCCAAGCCCCGCGCGCCCAGAGCCGAGGGCACCGCCCCGAGACGGGCCGACUCGGCCCAGCGGUUGGGUGGUGUGGAAGCCAGCUGUUCCCUCCCACAAAGUGUACUCAGGCAAGGCCAGAAACUCACUCGCCAUGUCGGCUGCGGAGGCGGGGGAUGUUUUCCGCAGAGCCCGAGGCAGGACCCUGGACGCCUUUGCCUCAGAAAAGGAAAGGGAAUGGCAAGGCCCGUUCUACUUCAUCCAAGGUGCAGACCCACAGUUUGGAUUGAUGAAGGCCUGGUCCACCGGGGACUGUGACAGCGGUGGUGAUGAGUGGGAGCAGGAGAUCCGUCUGACUGAGCAAGCUGUUCAGGCCGUCAACAAGCUGAACCCCAAACCCAGAUUCUUUGUUCUGUGUGGGGACCUCAUCCAUGCCAUGCCAGGGACCCCCUGGCGGAAGGAGCAGACAGAGGACCUUCAGCGGGUGCUCAGGAACAUGGACAGAGAGAUCCCACUGGUCCUCGUCAGUGGCAACCAUGAUGUGGGCAAUGUCCCCACUCCCGAGACCAUCGUGGAGUUCCGCCAGACUUGGGGAGAUGACUAUUUCAGCUUCUGGGUUGGGGGUGUCCUGUUCCUCGUCCUCAACUCCCAGUUCUUGUAUGAUGCCUCCAGGUGCCCUGCCUUGAAACAGGCCCAGGACCAGUGGCUGGAGCAGCAACUGAGCAUCGCUAGGCAGCAGAAGUGCCAGCACACCAUUGUCUUCCAGCACAUCCCGCUGUUCCUCCAGAACAUCGACGAGGAUGAUGACUACUUCAACCUCACCAAGCCCGUUCGGAAAGAGAUGGCAGACAAGUUCGCCAGAGCAGGUAUCAAAGCUGUGUUCUCAGGCCACUACCACAGGAAUGCUGGGGGCACCUACCAGAACCUCGACAUGGUGGUGUCGUCUGCCAUUGGGUGCCAGCUGGGCAAAGACACCCACGGGCUCCGAGUCGUAGUGGUCACCGCUGAGAAAAUCAUCCACCGAUACUACAGUUUAGAUGAGCUGUGUGAAAAAGGAAUAGAAGAUGAUCUGAUGGAUUUGAUGAAGAAAAAAUGAUUGCCACUUACGAUCUAUUCACUUUCACUUCCACCAUUUCUUUAUUUUGCCAGAAACAGCAGCUGCAUACAACCCUUUAUUGGAAAAUAAAAUGAUACCAGGCAGAUCUGUGAAUUUAUGUCCUUUUGCAUAAAUCAGAGAGCUGGGUCCUAAACUAAAUUAUAUUCAAAAUAGAACUGCUCUCCCUUCAAAAAAGAGGGGAGGCAGGUGGAGCCUGGAAAUAAAUGAAUAAGUGAUAUUAGACUAUCUCACAUGGGUGUUUGAAUAAAUUCUCCUAAUGAUAUGUUUCUCAACUCUGCUUGUGAACUAGAUUGUCUUCUGGUAGCCUAUGGCAAAUGUCUGCCUAUCAACCUCCAUCCCAACUUGAUAUCCACAUGGGCUCUUUGAUAAUUCCUUGAAGAAACUCCAUCUGAUUGUAUUAAAUUAUUGUCCUGACACCCAAAAUGCUAGCCAAAACAAAGGUGAUCUCCUUUCCUUCCUAAGAAAACAAGUAAUUGUUCCCAUUCGCAGAGCCAUGUAGACUUGUUUCAACAAGGAGCUGAGUGACCAAUAUUUGCUGUUAAAUUCUGAGACUUCUACUACUGCUGAUGAUGCUAUUGAUACGGCAUAGUUGAGUGUGCCUUCUUGGUGAUGAAAAAAGUCACCUUUGCACAUAACUUGGCCACAUCUAAAAUUAUCAUCCAAGAGACUAGAACCAAAGCCCUAAAGAGCCGCCUCUGCAGUCAGUCAGCAGCACAUUUUGAGUUUAUUCACAUUCAUAUUUGGUGGCUGCAGUAAGUCCACAAGUUGGUGUUCUUCGUGCAAUCAGAGUGACCCUCCUCUAAUGAGAUUCUUCACUGUGUCUACUUUGACAGAAAACGUGGGAAUGGAUGCAGAGUUCUCAUAAGAAACAACCGAAAUUCCAGUGGCACAAAAACACUGCUUUUAACCACAUUAUCCAAAUUGGCGCUGACUGAUCACAUGCAGCAGCGCAGUACCCUUGACAAAGGAGCAUGGGUGGUUCAGAAUCUGCAUUGCUUUUAUGUAAUCUACUUUGCUGCUGCUCCUCUGGAGCCCCUGACCACUGCGUGAUUUCACCCACAUAGACUUCUCUCAGCAACUGUCCUGAUGGACAGGAAACCUAGCUACUCUGAGUCCUCCCAGGAAAAUUUUACAGUGUUACGCAGUAACAUUCAGUUAUACCAGAAUGACUUAAGAAACCGACUGGUUACAAAUGAACUGCAAAAUCCAUUAACUUAAAAAACUUUCCUGUUAAAAAGUUUUAGUCAAUGUAGCAAAACCAUGAGAAAUUAAAUAGAAAUAUAAUUGGAUAUGUAAAUUCAUAGGAAGAAAAGACAAGAAGUUAAUUAUACUACAGAUCGGUGGCACACCACAGCUCAUUGUUAUGUGGCACAAGAAAGUUAACAUUUUUUAAAAUUAAAAUGCUCUUCUACUAUU